CCGGGCGUGGCGCCCCCACCUCUCCCUUCUUACCGAUUUCUCUCUCUCCCCCCGGCCCCCUCCGUAGUCCCGAGUCCGGUGGAGCCUAGCGGAGCCCGGACCUGGCGGGGAACGCUGCACCCGCGGCCGGGCCCCCAGACCCCGCCGCCGCCACCGUCCAUCAUCCUUCGUACCGGCAAUGGCCUUUGUAUCGCCCGAGGCACUGGUGACUGAAUUGGACGCGAAAUAUUAACCCGCUAGCUUCCGUCCCCAUUCCAGUCGCGCCGGGAGGAACCACCUAGUCUCCGUUGGGCUCUUAACUGCUGCUCCUCCUGACUCUUUUCGGCUUUGGGGGGCACCAUGGACCAAAGUGGGAUGGAGAUUCCUGUGACCCUCAUCAUUAAAGCACCGAAUCAGAAAUACAGUGACCAGACUAUUAGCUGCUUCUUGAACUGGACCGUGGGGAAACUAAAAACGCAUCUGUCUAACGUGUACCCUAGCAAACCAUUGACGAAGGAUCAGAGAUUGGUGUAUUCGGGCAGACUGCUUCCCGAUCAUCUGCAGCUGAAAGACAUUCUCAGAAAACAGGAUGAGUAUCAUAUGGUUCAUCUAGUGUGUACUUCCCGGACUCCUCCCAGUUCUCCACAGUCCAGCACCAGUAGAGAAGAUCAUGAAGCGUCGGUGUCCAGCAACAGUUCUAAUUCAGAUCAGUCAGGAUCAUCAACUCCAUCAUCCAGUCAAGAAACCUUGCCGUUAGCUGUCAGUCCUUCCUCUGAAGGACUGAGGCAGCGUACCCUUCCCCAAGCACAGACCGACCCCGCACAGAGUCACCAGUUCCCGUACGUAAUGCAAGGAAAUGUAGAUAACCAACUUCCUGGGCAAGCUGUUGCAGCCGGAUUCCCAGUGUACCCCGCGCUCAGCCCGCUGCAGGUGCUGUGGUGGCAGCAGAUGUACGCUCACCAGUAUUACAUGCAAUAUCAAGCUGCAGUUUCAGCUCAGGCCACAUCAAAUGCCACCCCCACCCAGCCUGCGCCUCCACAGCCUCUGAAUUUGGCACACGUUCCUGGAGAAGAACCCCCACCAGCCCCCAACCUGGUGGCCCAAGAAAACCGACCCCUGAAUGAGAAUGUGCAGAUGAACGCGCAGGGGGGCCCGGUGCUGAAUGAAGACGACUUCAAUCGUGACUGGCUGGACUGGAUGUACACCUUCUCCCGCGCGGCCAUCCUCCUCAGCAUCGUGUACUUCUACUCCUCUUUCAGCCGCUUUGUCAUGGUCAUGGGAGCCAUGCUGCUGGUUUAUUUACACCAAGCUGGGUGGUUUCCUUUUCGGCAAGAAGGCGGCCAGCAGCAGGCUCCCAACAAUAAUGCUGACGUGAAUGACGGGCAGAAUGCAAACAACCUAGAACUUGAAGAAAUGGAGCGUCUCAUGGAUGAUGGGCUUGAGGAUGAGAGUGGAGAAGAUGCAGGGGAAGAUGCGGGUGCGCUCCAGAGGCCGGGACUGGUGGCAGCAGCGUGGUCUUUCAUCACCAGCUUCUUCACUUCACUGAUACCGGAGGGGCCUCCCCAGGUUGCCAAUUAGAUCUGGAAAACUGCCAGCUGCAGGGAGGGUCUGGCUUUAGGACCGUGACUUAAAUAACAGUGCAAUUUCAAAAGAAUUAUUACUUUCUUUUCACCAUCAUGUACAGAGGUGUUUUUUUUUCUUUAAGCUUCUCAUGCAUACGAAUAGUUUAAGCACAAAUGGACUACUAAAUGUGUGAUUUUUUUUUUUUUAUAUAUAUAAAAGAUCCUAACAGAACAUAGCUUAACAACAUUGGUCUUCCAGGUUUUAUUAAUUUCAACUAUGUGUAUUAUACCAGGCAGACCUAUAUGUCCAUCUUAUUUCUUUAAAGAGCUGCUUCACAUGUGUCUAUAAUAGCCCAGCCCUUUAAUGUGUAAUUUGAAUAAAUAUUAUCUAUUUUCUGUGAAUUAUCCUAAAAGUUUUAAACAGAAUGACCUCAUAGUUUUAAAAAAGAUUAUUAUUUACCUAAAAUGUGCUAGUAGCAUCUUGCCCAGCAUAAAGCAAUAAACUUCUCAAUAAUCUUAAUUUUGACAUUUGAAUAGAUAAUGGGAACUUUCUAUUUUAAGGGCAAGUAUCCCAUUGAUUGGAAUUCGUAACUUAAAAAAAGGCAGCUCUUCAAUGGAAUUAAUAGUGAUAUAAAAUGUUUGAUAUAAGCAGUACUUUUAUAAAAUAAGAUAUGCUGGAAAUAAUUCCCUGUAAUUUUUUUAAAUAAAAGGUCAAUUAUGGUAAA